AUGUCAUUAUUGGACACAAUUGAUAAAGUUGACUCAUAUUCAUACCUGAUAGAUGCUGUGAACUAUACCCUAGUUGCACAUGAUGGGGUUACAGCAAUUGGUUUAGUGAGGAUUGAUAUUGCAAAGCAUUUUGAAAAUUCGACAGGCUUUGGUGUAAAUCAUGACAAGAAAUUAAUCACCAUAAAUCCAGAAUAUGAUACAUUAUCAAAACGAGAUGAAUUAUUUAGUACCGUUGCAAAUGAAUGGAGAAAAUUGCCUGUAUUUGAAGAGUUAUUAGAUCGUGGUUGGAGAAAUGAGUUGUACACUGUGUAUAAUCCUAGUCAUACUCCAUAUAUGCAUCUUGAAAGGGCGUUUUCUGUUUUAACUGGUUGUAUAACCUAUGGAGCUCAUAUUUGUGGGUAUAUAUCACCAAAGAACUCAUCAGAUGGAUCAUUGAAGAUGUGGGUUCCUAGAAGAUCAGCUACAAAAUCAACAUUUCCUGGUUUAUUAGAUAAUACAGUCGCUGGUGGUUUAGGAUAUCCGUAUGGGAUCUGGGAGACAGUUGUGAAGGAAUGCUAUGAAGAAGCAGGUUUAGAAGCUUCAUUUGUUGAAUCGCAUGCAAAAUCAGCUGGAGUUCUUCUGUAUAUUUAUUUUACUGAAGAUGAAAGAGUUCAACCCGAAGUUGAAUUUAUUUAUGACAUUGAAUUUGAAAAUGAAAGUGAUGUUAAACCUACACCUAUAGAUGGAGAAGCAGAAGAUUUUCAAUUAUUAAACGUAGAGGAGCUUCUUGCAAGAAUUAAAAAUAAUGAAUUUAAACCAAAUAGUGGACUUGUCAUCAUUGAUUUUUUAAUUAGACAUGGUUAUAUUACUCCGGAGUCAGAAAUAGAUUAUUUUGAAAUUGUAAAUAGAUGUCAUAGGAAAUUACCAUUUCCUACAUUGUAA